AUGGCACCAAAUGUUCACAAGAAACUCCCACCAAGUGUUCUUGCCAAAAUCGCCAGAUUUACUGCCGAUAAUCGUAUCGAGGAUUUGAAAAACUUCAUCAGAGUUGGUCCAGACCUGAAGAAUGUUGCACUAUCAAACGAGGCUCUAUACCACCUCUGUGUUGAAUACCGUCAUGAUUUCGCAUGGUGGUCUGGCACGAAUUCAUGGUAUUACGGUCUUUUCAUAAAGCUUGUUGGAGCCAAAAACUCGUACGCUCUUUACAUCGAAAGUAUAAGGCUCGCAUUCAACGUCGGGGAGAUUGAUGUUGCGCUUUAUCUUUUGGAUGAUGUUAAGGACAUCCAUCCUCAUGCUAAACUAAUGUUCAUCAUGCUCUGUUUCUGUGCCGGCCGUGAAUGUUUGAAGGUUUAUCUCAUGUUCCAGGCACAUUUCAAAUUCGCUGAGGUGGAGUGGAUGGGUAAAGAACUGAUGUAUCACAUUGAUGCAGUUAAUUCGAGGAAGGCUGACACUUACAGAAAAACAUGGAAACUGGAUUACUGUCCUGAAUGUUGGGAUAUGCAUGCCUGGUUAGGAGAGAACAAUGGGGAGCGGUGCAAUGACUGUGUCUACUUCUAUUUGUCUAGGGACAUAUGCAGAAUGUUGUAG